UUCCUGCCACAUAUCUAAAAAGCUUAUCCUUGUCUUAGUGGGAGUUCAAUCAAACUCACCGAAUAUCCAUAGCUAUAGAAAAGUAGUCUCAUAAUUUUCUGAUUCAUUAUCAUCCUUGUCUUAGUGGGAGUUCAAUCGAACUCACCGAAUAUCCAUAGCUAUAGAAAAGUAGUCUCAUAAUUUUCUGAUUCAGUCAAUCAUUCAUGUUUUCCUCAAAGCUAAGAUCUGCUGCGCCACUUCGUCCCAAAAGCGGACAGAUUAGAAAAAAAGUUUUAAACGACUUAGCAAGAAACAAAAAAAAGAACAAAAAAUUCGACAUAUUGAAGGAAUUAAAAGCGGAUAAAGUGCUGCUAAGAAUUAUAAAAGAAGACGAUCGUUAUACUCUCAUUUUACGUUUAAAAGCUUCUCUUCAAUCAUUCCGUAAAACUGAAGCGUUGUUCAAAAGUUUGAGGGUAUGUUUGGAUAUCAUGAAAUGAACGGAGCGGAAUGGAAUGGAGCGGAGUCGGAUGGAGCGGAGUGGAACGGAGCAGAACGAAUGUACCAUUCCAUUGUUUGGAAAUUUUAGAACGGAAUAAGACAAAUUAUUCAUUCCGCCCAAAUCGGAGGGGAAGGAAUAUGGUGGUAAGUGAUGGAAUGGAAUGAAAUCCAUACCACUCCUUUCCGCUCCGCUCCAUCCGUUUUUAAAUUAUCCAAACAACGGAAUAUCAUUUUAUUCCAUUCCGUUCUGCUCCGCUCCAUCCGAUUCCAUCAAUCCAAACAAAGCCUGAGAGAAAAAAACACAGAUGCAUCUUUCACUUCAAUUCUCCAUGAAUCUAUUCAACAGCUUGGAUCUCUCAUUUCAGAACUCACUUCUUCGCUUCAAGAGGACGUCGAUAGAGAGAUUCAUUCACAUGAAAAUUUUAUGAGUUUGAUAAGAAAAAGAGCGUGUGCAUCUCCAGACUUUGAAUCUCUCAUUUCAGAAUACACACCUGCAACUACCACUUCACUUCUCCAUGCUUCUCUUCAAAAACUUGAAUCUCUCAUUUCACAUCUCACUGCUUCUCUUAAAAAGGUCAGGUUUGACGUUAAUACAGAGAUCCGUGAACAUGAAGUGUUGUUAGCAAAAAUCACAUGUCUAUCUUUCACUUCACAUUUCCAUGAAUGUAUUCUAUACCUUGAAUCUCUCAUUUCAGAACUCACUUCUUCUUUUCAAGUAGAAGGGAUUGACGUUAAUAGAGUGAUCAACGAACAUGAAGUGUUCUUAAGUUUCAGAGGAGAUGACACGCGUGCAUCUUUCACUUCACAUCUCCAUGCUUCUCUUCAAAACGAUGGAAUCUCCGUUUUCAUGGACGAUGAUUCGCUUCAAAGAGGAAAUCACAUUUCAGCAUCACUACUACGAGCUAUUGAAAACUCUCAGAUCUCUGUGAUUGUUUUUUCAAGAAAUUAUGCUGAUUCAAGAUGGUGUUUGGAAGAAUUGGUGAAAAUAAUCCAGUGUCGCAGAACUGUAGGAAAGGUGGUGCUUCCGGUGUUCUAUGGUGUAGAUCCAUCUGAAGUUCGUCACCAAACUGGUGAGUUUGGACAAGCAUUUCAAAGGCUUUUGAAUAGGACUUCAAAGGACAAAAAAUAUAAGUCUCUCAAAUGGAGAAAAGCACUCCGUGAAGCUGCCGGCCUUGCUGGUUUCGUAGUUCUAAAUUCAAGGAAUGAAAGGGAGGCUAUCAACGAUAUUGUCGAAAAAGUUACUCUUUUGCUUGACAAGACACAAUUGUUUGUUGCUGAUAAUCCAGUGGGAGUUGAAUCACGGGUGAAAGAUAUAAUUCAACAGCUAGACAUCCAACAAUCAAAUAAUGUUCUACUCCUAGGGAUGUGGGGUAUGGGGGGAACCGGUAAAACCACCAUUGCAAAAGCCAUUUACAACAAAAUUGGCCGCAAUUUCGAAGGCAGGAGUUUCCUUGUAAAUAUUAGAGAAACCUGGGAAGGUACUACUGGAAAAGUGUCUUUACAAGAACGACUUCUGUUAGAUAUCUUCAAAGAAACAAAAACCAAGAUACAAAGCAUUGAGUCUGGGAAAACUACAUUGAAAGAUAGACUCUGUAAUAAAAGAGUACUUCUCAUACUUGAUGAUGUGAAUAUUUUGGACCAACUAAAAGCUUUGUGUGGAAGUCGUGAAUGGUUUGGUUCUGGUAGUAGAAUAAUAAUCACAACUAGAGAUAAACAUAUACUUAGAGGGAUAAGAGUUGACAAAGUAUACACAAUGAAAGAAAUGGAUGAAAAUGAAUCAAUUGAGUUUUUUAGUUUGAAUGCAUUCAAGCAACCUAGUCCUAGAAAACAAUUUGCUGAAAUUUCUAGAAAAAUUGUUGAGUACUGUGGGGGAUUGCCACUAGCUCUGGAAGUCCUUGGUUCCUAUUUGUUUGACAGGGGACUAACAGAUUGGAAGUGUGUAUUGGAGAAAAUCAAAAUAAUUCCCAAUGAUCAAGUACAACAGAAGUUAAAAAUCAGCUAUGAUGGUUUAAAUGAUGAUACUGAGAAAGAAAUAUUUCUUGACAUAGCUUGUUUCUUUAUUGGGAUGGACCGAAAUGAUGUUAUACAAAUAUUAAAUCCCUGUGGACUUUUUGCAGAAAUUGGAAUAAGUGUGCUUGUUGAGCGAAGCCUGAUAACUGUUGAUGAUAAGAACAAGCUUAGAAUGCAUGAUUUGUUACGAGAUAUGGGAAGAGAAAUCAUUCGUGAAAAAUCACCGAAGGAGCCUGAGGAACGUAGCAUAUUAUGGUUUCGCGAGGAUGUGCUUGGUGUUUUAUUUGAUCAAAAUGGAACAAAAGCUGUUGAGGGACUAGCUUUGAAGUUGCCAAUAGCUAAUUCAAAAUGUUUUAGCACUAAAGCGUUUAAGAAGAUGAAGAGACUCAGAUUGCUUCAACUUGUUGGUGUACAACUCGAUGGAGAUUUUGAAUAUCUUUCAAGAAAUUUAAGAUGGCUAUGUUGGAAUGGAUUUCCUUUAACAUGCAUACCUUCAAACUUUUAUCAAGGAAACUUAGUUUCCAUGGAGUUAGAAAACAGCAAUAUGAAAUUUGUGUGGAAAGAGACCCCGAGAAUGGAGAUGCUGAAAAUCCUAAACCUUAGUCAUUCCCAUCAACUGAUGCAGACCCCAAACUUCUCAAAUUUGCCUAAUCUUGAAAAGCUAAUACUUGUAGAUUGUCCAAUGUUAUCUGAGGUUUCCAACAGCAUUGGAGAUCUCAAUAAAAUUCUUCUAAUAAAUUUGGAAGACUGUAUUUGCCUAUGUAACCUUCCAAGAAGCAUUUAUAAGUUGACAUCUCUUAAAACUCUAAUUCUUUCAGGGUGUUUAAUGAUUGACACGUUGGAAGAAGACAUAGAAAAAAUGGAAUCUUUGACCACUCUGAUUGCAAAUAACACUGGAAUAACAAGAGUUCCGUUUUCUAUAGUCAGAUCAAAAAGUAUCGGCUACAUUUCUUUGUGCGGCUAUGAGGGUUUCUCAAGGGAUGUAUUUCCAGCUAUCAUUUCGUCUUGGAUAUCUCCAACAAAUAAUUUUACACCCCAAUUUCAAACAUCUACUAUUAUGUCUUCUCUUAUUUCUUUAGAUGUACCACAUAGUAGUUCCCAGGAGCUAUCAUCGAUUUCUAAGUACCUUCCAAGUCUUAGAAGUCUUUGGGUGGAGUGUAGCUCGGAGGAUCAACUUUCUCAUGAUACAACAAUAAUUUUAGAGGCAUUAUAUGCCCUAAAUUCUCGAGAAUUGGAACCAACAUCUUCCACAUCACAAGUAUCAAAAAAUUCCUUUAAAUCUCUUUUCAUUCAACUGGGAAGGAAUUGCCAAGUUGCCAAUAUUCUGAAAGAGAAAGUUUUACAGUAUAUGUCCGGUGACGAGAGUGGUGGUUGUGUGCUCCUGGGUGAUAGUUAUCCCGAUUGGUUAAGCUUCAAUUGUGAUGGUUCUGCCGUAAUUUUUAAAGUCCCUCAAGUAGAAGGGCGUAACUUGAAGUCAUUGAUCUGCAUUGCCUAUUCAUCAACUCCUGAUAACAUAACAUCGGAUGGUCUUAAAAAUGUGUUGGUGAAAAAUUACACGAAAGCCACCAUUCAGCUCUAUAGGAAAGAGACACUUGCUUCCUUUACAGACGAGGAGGGGGAGAGAGUAGUAUCAAGUAUAGAACCCAGAGACAAAGUGGAAGUUGUUGUUGUUUUUGAAAAUGGUUUCAGUGUGAAGAAAACUACAGUUUAUCUCGUAUAUGAUGAACCAAUGGGAGAAAAAAGUGAACAAUGGGAAGCACCAGAACAAAAUACUAUUGCUUGUAGGGCUGAUGAAAAUGAAAGCGUACAAUGUGAAGAACCAGACGAAAAUGCUAAUGCUUAUAGUGCUGAUGAAAAUGAAAGCAUAUUAAGGACGAGCUCUCCACAAGUGGAACUCGUGGAAAAAAAUGUUGGUGCGAGUAGUUGUGGAUCUGUCAAAUAUAGUUUUAGACAGUGGAUUACAAAUUUUAUGUGUAGAUUAGUGGAGUGCUGGGGAUAGUCAAGUUGGACUUGAAUUUGUUGGUGGAAAUCAGCCAUUUAUCCAGAAGUCAUUCAGUUUGAGGACAAACUUGGCAAUCUCUCUAUGAAAUUUAUGAUAUACUGCUAAACGUUGUUAUUAAAGUUGUUACUACUGUGUGCCUUUGGUUUA